GGGCUUUUGGGGGUGCCUCUGUCCCAGGGCUCAGUAAUGUGUAGCAGCCAGAGAGUGGCUGAUCUGAUUCCGGUCGGCUCAUCUGGGCAGCAUGGCUCAUGAGGCUUUGCUGGCCCUGCUACUUACACUGGCCAGAGUCCUACCUGGACCCCUGGAUGCCCAAGAGAUGCAACACCCACCUCACCAAGUCCUGUUCGCCUCUGAGGGGGACUCCAUCAACAUCACCUGCUCUACAAAUCGAUUCUUGUCGGGGAUCUACCUGAGGCAGAACUGGCCUCAGGUUUCCGAAGUGACUUACUUUGAAGACGGGAAGGAGUCCACGGUAGACAAGCGUUUCUCGGGCCGAAUUGACUUCUCGGGUUCCCAGAGCAACCUGACCAUCACCAUGCGCCUCCUCAGGCAGGAAAACACUGGAAUCUAUACCUGCAGUGCCGUCCCAGAAAGCAAAAGAGAUGGCUUGUCCACCAUGGUUGUGGUGACAGAAAAACUGUCCCAAGAAGCAUGCAAAACCCAGGAACCUCGGGGGACAUCAGUUUUCCUCCCAGCUGCCCUGGCUGUAGGCUUCUUCCUCCUUGGGCUAGUCCUUGGGGUGCUAUGCCCACUGAGGAAAAUACAGAUCAAGGGACUGUGUGCCUCGAGGGAUAAGGACUCGCGGUGCGUGGUGUAUGAGGACAUGUCCUGCAGCAAGCGCAAGACUCCAUGCACCCCCAACCAGUACCACGAGGCCCUCUACCCACACACAGCCCCCCAUGCCUUGUUUCAGCAGGGAUCAUAGUGGUCCUGCUGACCCGCCCAGCCAACUUCCCCCCAGGACACUUCUUGUGCCAUUCAAGAGGCCCCUUGGUGCUUCUGGGUGAAUGGGACUCCUCCUCUGUAAAAGUUUCCUAACGGGGCUCUGCAAUUUGUCCCCCACCCUAGCCAGGUAGCCCUGAUCAUGUUGCCAUCAGGGAAAAAAAAAGCUUGGGGGGGAGGAGGGGGAAUGUGUUACCUGCCUUGGAGAAGCUUGGCCAGAAGAAAUAAACAAACAAAUAAAGCCCUUGUGGGGUUCUUUUUUUAUUGUU